AUGCCGUCAAGCGUGCCUUCCGAACUACCGUUUGGAGAGCUGAUGACUCUGCGCGAGAAUGUGCUGGCGUGGAUUUCACGUGACGCAGGUCUGGAGGAGUUUUUAAUUCCCGACAAAUUGAGUUCAAAAUGGACGAAGGAGCAGAAGGAGACUUGGACGGCGGCCGUAGUGGAAAAGUAUAUGCACCUGGACGACAGCGAGGGCAGCGUGAACAUGCGGAAGCGGAUCGUGGCUAGCGAGACGGCCUCUGCGUUACGGCGGUGCUGCGUGCUUUUACGCGAGGGAACAGCGAGCCAUCGGGACGUGAUAAAGACGGCGGCUGUGCUAGAGACGCUGUGGGACUCGAUCAGCCCGACGAUGGGGGACGAUGCGGUGUGGGUGAAAUGCUCGCUGACGUUUGAUACGGCGCUGAUCUCGAUCCGGCUGGCGUACUUGUGGAUCUAUCUUAACGCUGAGGCCAACGGAAAGUCGACGAGUUUUGAGACGCGCAAGGCUGUGUUUAAGGAGUGUGUCGAGUCGUUCUUCGUGAUAGGAGGGCCUGCGGAUAGCGGGAAGGACAAGCACUCAGUAAACUUUAAGGAGCUAGUGGAAACGUGGAGGGAAGAACUCAAAAGUUAUGCGGAGAACGAGGAAGAGGAGUUUGAGCUGCGCGUGAAGCAGGUAGAGGAGGGGUACAGUAGGGAGGCGACGGUGACUCGGAUCGAGAAGUUUAUGGGUUUAGCUGACAUGAAUGGGAGCUGGAUGCUGCACGUGCAGCAGAUGGACAAAGAGAUAGAAGCGGGAAUGUGGAAAAAGGGGGCUCGGCGAGGGCGGAAGGCGAAGGCUAAGGCUGUCGAGACGCGUGAGGAUGAUGCGGUGAAUGGAUUGGAGGAUAUUAUGUCAGUGUCGUCGUUCGAGGCUGCGGGUGUUGACAGAGAUUUUAAGAUUGAGAGUGAAGACAGUGGGAGUGAGAACGAAAAUGAGAUGAGUAGCAUUGGGGACUCGGAAGCAGAAGCAGAUGUGGUAGAAGAGGGGCGUGAGCAACGGGUGAGACGGCGGAAGUCUGCGCGUCUAUCUAGGGCGGAUAGGCAUAUCCAGGGGACCAAGAGAAAGGCAGCCGUGAAGGCUCAGCGGCAGAUGAGAAAGAAAAAGAAGGCGGAGGAGAAAGCCGCAGAGGAGGAGCAGCAGCAGCAGCAGGAAGAGGAAGAACACAUGGUGACCCCUAGGAGGAGCAAGCGAGGGAGGUCGACGACGGAGAAGGAGGAGGAUGAACUUCAGUCGCCGUACGUUGAGAGACGUACGGGGCGGUUCAGCGAACGGAGGCGAAGGGUGGCUAGCGCACUGAGGGCACUGCGGCCAAGGCGGGCGUGA